UCAUCCUCAAAAACGAGAAAAGCUCUAGAGAGAGAGAGAGAGAAAUGUCGAGAGCUACACCUGUUCGGAAGCCUCACACUUCCACUUCAGAUCUGCUCACUUGGUCAGAAUCUCCGUCGCCCGCUGUUUCCUCCUCCGCCACCGCCGCUCGUGUUAACCAGCCUGCCGAUGGAGUUGGUAAGGUGCUGUUUGGCGGCCAGAUUACUGACGAGGAAGCUGAAAAUCUUAACAAAAGGAAGCCUUGCUCGGGCUAUAAACUGAAGGAGAUGAAUGGCAGCAAAAUAUUUGCAGGUGACAGUGAACAUGGUUCAACAGAAUCCGGAGCGUCUGAUGGUAAUUUCAAUAACCGAACAUCAGUCCGCAUUGUUCAGCAAGCUGCGAUAGGUAUCAGUCAGAUUUCCUUCAGCACAGAAGAGAGGAUUUCACCUAAAAAGCCGACCACUGUUCCUGAGGUGGCAAAGCAACGUGAACUGAGUGGAACGAUAGAAAGUGAUUCAGAGGGCCGGAUUAGGAAGCAUCUCUCGAAUGCUAAAUCCAAGGAACUGAGUGGCACUGACAUCUUUGGCCCUCCUUCCGAAGCUCCUGCUCGAUCAUCUGCACGAGCUAGUGGAAUAAAGGGGAACAAUGACAUGGGAGAGCCUGCACCACGAGCUCUACGCACUUCUGUCAAAGUUUCUAAUCCUGCAGGAGGUCAGAGCAACAUACUAUUUGGAGAUGAGCCAGUGGUGAAGACGUCCAAGAAAAUUCACGACCAGAAGUUUGCAGAGCUGACGGGAAACAACAUUUUCAAGGGAGACGUUCCUCCGGGAUCAGCUGAAAAGCCGUUGAGCGUGGCCAAGUUGAAAGAAAUGAGCGGGAAUGAUAUCUUUUCAGACGGCAAGGCUGAGUCCAGAGACUACUUUGGUGGUGUCAGGAAACCACCUGGUGGUGAGAGCAGCAUCGCGUUGGUUUGAUAUAACUCCUUGGUUUAGUUAUCAUUUCUGGUGCCCUCCGCCUCCUUCGUCUGGGAGAGCUGAUCUGAUCUCAGUGUCAGGCAACUUGAUGUUGUAGCAAGUGUUGUUGUCUUAGACUUAGAAUUAUGGUUGUUGUGGGAUGAUGUUGAUGAUCCGUGUACGUUGAAGCCGAAUAGACUACUUUACUUUAUUUCGUUA